AUGAGUGUAUGUGUGAAUCCAAAUAUUGCCUAUGUGCUUAAAAAUUUGGAUGAAAUUAGACACGAUAACCGAAAACGAAAGCAAGAUUUUAUUGUACAGUAUCGUGAGAAUAAAAGUCUCGAAAGUAACAAUCAUUUGAGUAAAGAAGAAACUCAAUUACAACCAAAAGUUGAAGUUGAAAACAUCGAUCAUACAACUUGUCGAACAUUUAUUAUGGUCAAUCCUGAUGCACCAAAUCGUGAUGAUGUUAUCAAAAGUUCAUACAAUAGACUUGCAUCUCCAGUUGGUUCUAGUCUUCAUCGAUAUAUAUUUUUAUUUUAUCAAUCGAUUGAUAAAAUUCCUGAAAAGAAAAUCGAACGUGAACAACGUUUUCGUUUUCCACUUCAACAAUAUGUAACCGAUAAUCGACUUGAAUUUCUCGAUGUCACUUAUUUUACUGUUAAUAAUUAA